AUGGUACCUGAAAACCAGUCGCAGAAUAACGAUAUGUUUGCGUUCAAUACGAAUUUACCUCAAGGACCUCUGGAUCUGGGCGGCUACGAUGAUUUCAUGGGCUUCUCAUAUCCCGGUGCGCCUUCCAAUAGCGAUGCCAUGGAUACGAGUACAUCCAACAACCUCUUCACCUCCAUGCAAUCUAUGGAUAUGCACGGAAGCGAUCCCCAGUUUUCACCACAUGCAGCGGGCGGCCAGAUAUUCCAACAACACCAUAUGCCACAUGUCUCGAAUCAGCCACCGACGCCACCAGAUACAACGCCCCGGACGACAAAAAGCGUUCCCGCUAGCCCGCCACCUGGGAUGCAAACCCCGUUUAGUCCAAAACGCUACCCUCAAAAGAAGCCUACAGAUAGACCUGCAACACCGGAUGAUGUACUUGCGGAGUUGGUGGAGCUGCUCGCUCAGCCUGACGCGUGGCACGGACUCCCAGGUAGCAACAGCGAUUCCAGUCAGACCCUCUCACACGAUGCACGCGACCGCAUCGUCGCGACCGUUCAAGUAUUGCUGCAACGUGCACUACAAAGCCGCUACUCACCUACAACACCAAGCCAAGGCCUCUUUGGACGCAUCGUAGUACUGCCACCGUCCCAUGUACUUAUGCACUUUAUUGAAACCUACGCAAGUCGCAUCGACUCCAUCCAACCCUAUCUAGGUCUUGCUGGCUCUUCCGUUGUCAACAUCCAAGAUAUCCUCCAAAUUGAUACGGCAGAUGUUGGCAUACUGCUGAUAAUUCUUCUGAUUGCGCAAGGCGCCAUGCUCACGGACCAUUCCGAAUCUCACAUACUCGCGAACGGCUUGAUAGAAGUAUGCAGGAUCGCGUUGGAUGAUGUUCUUGAGAACCGAAGCAUAUCGCAGCCGAUGAUUGGAGGUAUUGCACUGCAGUUACUAACGCUUUGUGCACGAAGUGGUAAAGACUCUUUUGCUUCGUACGCUAUGUCGAAACGAGGUCAAUAUUUGAGUAUGCUGAAGAAUUCCGGCGUUCUGCAACCCGAACAGACCCUGCAUAACCCGAAAUCCGACGGAAUGGAACUUUGGGAAAGAUGGAAAGAACUGGAGCAGCGCAACCGACACGCGUACGCGUGGGUCUACGUAGAUCUCGAGAUCAGCUUAUUGCACGACCUUCCACCAAUACUCUCAGUUAAUGACUUGCAAGUCCCCUUGCCGCAAGAUAACGACCUAUGGCAUGCCCAGUCGUAUAGCGCUUGGCUCGAGCACUCUGGCGCGAAUGGGACCAGUUUCCUCCAGGGCCGAAUGGGUGAUGAUUUACCUCUGCAUCACCUUCGUCUUCUCCUCCAUCCAUUGCAAGCCAUGGUGCUUGAGCAGCAGCAACUCUUGCGAAUUUUCGAUACCGAUGAGCCGUCCAACCGAUAUCGCGUCCUUUCCAAGAUCAAGAUUUUGGGUCGUUUGCAGGAGACGCAGGAUUUGCUCCAAGAUUUGGGAACGCUUCUAACUCGGCGCUCCAAAACCGCUGCUGUCGAAGAUGACAAGGGCCAGGUACACUCCACUGACUUUGUGAGCAUGAUUAUGCUCCAUCUGGUUAGCUUGAAUGUUUUUACUAGCAUCCCCGAGAUUGAGAAAUGUGCCAAGGAAAUGCCACCCGCUUCGGACGCGGCCCGUGCGGAGAUGUGGCGGUGGGCACGCUAUCCUGAAGGGGAGAGCUAUGUUUUGUUCCAUGCCGGGCAAAUAUUCCGACUGAUCGACGGGUUACCAAAGGAUGCGCGACCGACCUGGUGGCCGGUAGCUUUAUACCGUGCCGCCAUGUCGUGCUGGUCACUCCGAUCUUUGGAACGGCCUUCUUCGGCAUGCGCCCAAUCGCUCGAAGUCUGCAUUGACGCCUUGUUGCCCGCUGAGGAAGAGUGCUUCCUUAACACGACUACCGGUACACCGGUCGUCACCCUUGGCGAUAAGAGACGGCUGCCCAUUCUGGAAGGCAACAACAGCUUGCAAUACUGUAUCAGCAAGUUGGAAACACACCCUACACAUUGUUCACGUAAUGUUCUUGAGAAGGCUAGGUACUUCUUAGAUAGAUGGAGGUCAUGA